GAUGCAGGAAGUGAGGGAACGUCACAUGGUCUUGCUGUCUUGAAGAAUCAUGCAAUGGAAACCACACCUACGUCGAGUCUGUUGUCUGAGGAAUUUGAAUGUGGAGUUUGCAGCAAGCAGCUGGAUAGACCCAAGCUGCUACCAUGUCUUCACAGCAUUUGCCAGGAGUGCCUGCAGUCUGAGAAGGCAGACCCAGUUGCUGCUACCUGUCCUGUGUGCAGUGCCCCACUGGACGAGGAUGUCACUAAGGCACGGGACAACACGUUCGCUGCAGACCUGCUGAGCAAGCUGCAGUUGCAGAAGAGGAUAAGAAUGGGGCUGGACAUCUGGUGCAGCCUGUGUCAGGCCUGUAAGGAUGAUAGACCAGCCAGCUCCCUAUGUUUUGAGUGUGACCGUUUCUUGUGCCUGAGAUGCUGCCAUUCUCACCAGCUGCUAACAGAAAGGUACGGACACCAGGUGAAGACUCUGGAUGACCUGAAGGCACUUGACUGUGAAGACUUUGUGACUUUUGCGAGGAAGGGGAAACAGACCACUUGUCCAGACCACAAGGAACAGAACGUGAGGUUUUUCUGCAAGACGUGUUCCAUGAGUAUUUGCUGCAAUUGCCUACUACUUUAUCACAUCUCCCCAGAACACUGUUACCAUGACAUUAAGCAGGAAGUCAUUUUGAAGAAGGAGGAGUUGAAACAAAUGGUGGAAGCAAUCCAAGAAAACCACAAUAAAUUCACUGAAGCCCAGGCACAACUGAAAUGCCUGCAAGAAAACCUGGACAUCAUGAAAAAUAAUACAGAAGCAUUAAUAAGGCAGAAAGCUUCUGCCACUAUUCAAGAGAUUAAUAGGCAAGGCGAUGCACUGCUGGAAGAGCUAGAGAGCGAGUGCAGUUCCGUGGUGAGGGGAUUGACCAACAGUCUGAACAAAACAGAACAAAUAAUUAAACGAUUGGGAGCAGGGAAAGUGCAGGCAGAAAACCUGCUGAAGUUUGGCAACAGUGAGGAAAUGAUGAUUAUGUACAAUACAAUCAAGUCAGCACUGACAGCUAUUGUCGUUGAGACAUUAGAGGACAUAAGGAAGGAAGACACUUGGAUUGAGUUUAUAGAGUGCACGUCAGAAACGGAGAAUCUAUUGGGAACCGUCAUUACCAAAAAAGAACCAAGUGAAAGAGCUGAUGAUUCUGAAGUUGAGGAUGUGCUGCUGGACUCCUUUUCAAGUCAUGACCAGGACAGAUCUUCAACAGAAGAGAGCCCAGCUAACCUGAUCUGCCCAGCCAACUUCCUGAUCCACCCAGGAGCUGAAGGGAUGCUCCGAGCAACCGCGAGCAGCACCGAUGAGUUUGAGUUUGAGAAUGUGAUGUCACCAAACAACUGUUCGCAAGGUGCACACCCAGGACAGAGUGACUCAAUGGACUUUCUCAGACUGCCAUUCACAAGUACAGUAGGACAACUGGAGGGGGCAGGAGAGGAAGAAAAGAGAUCUGAGCGGACUUUGAUUCCAGGUCCUGGCUGCAGUGCAUCAGUAAAUGACGUGUGUCCAAGUGGACGUUCUUUCCCAAGCAAAUUCAAGGAGAAGCGCCAGAAAGUUCCAGACAAACAGCAGGGCAAACAAUUGUGGUCAUCAGAGGAUGGAAAAGCGACAAGUGCCAAAAAACAGUGCCUGCACUCGGAACAUAAUUAUAGUGUGAAGUUUGCCUCUGACAGCCAACCUGAGCUUCUGGUCCAGAGCAACGUGGAAUGGACCAUGCUGAACACUUCCCCUGAAAUUGAUAAGGAUCCCUGGCAACUGCCAGCAGAAAAAAGAAUAAAACUAUCUUCUGAAAACAGUGAAUACAACAGGGACCCCAAUGAGGACACAUUUUCCCAUCUGUCUGAAGUGCAGAAAGAGGCAUCUGCAGCUAGUGAGACCAUCAUGUCAUCUCCUCACUGCUUGGGGCCAAAUCUGUUGAAUCAGAGCAUUGAUGAUCGAUGUCGAGAUAAUGCAGCACAAAUUCACCUCAGUCCGGAAAUGGGGGGAAGUCCACUGGUGUUUUUCCAACUGCAGACCACAGGAAUGGGGGGUGGUGAUAUUAUUCAGCUGUCGGCAGUGAGUGGGGAGAAGACCUUCAACAAGUACAUCCUGCCCAGUGAAGCUGUGUCAGCAGGAGCUGCCAAUGUUACGGGAAUACAGGUCGUGGAUGGAAUCUUGUACUUAGGAGGGGAGCCUCAAACAACCUGCAGCAUCCAGGACGCCAUGACAGCUUUCCUUCAGUUCCUGCAGUUGCAGGGGAGGCCUCUGUUAGCAGGCCACAACAUUUGGAUCCGUGACUGUCAAAUCAUUUACAAGGCAUGGGAAGAUCUCUUCAUGAAAGAUCAGUUUGCCAGGUGUGUGACUGGAUUCCUGGAUACCUUAUGGUUGGCCAGGUAUCUUGUCCCCAGGUCAAAGGUCAAUAACUAUAAACUUAAGAAUUUAGUCGCUGCAUGUGUUAGGGAGUUAUUUAUUUCCAAAGGGCCUCUGAGCAAUGUGAGGGCCAUGCAGGAGCUGUAUUCUGUUCUAAAUCCUACACCGGGACCAAUUCAGAAGAGUCAGUUUACCCUGUCUCAACUCGAGUGCAGAAUAUCCCUGCAACCACUGUUCAAUCAGCAAAUGAUAUCCCGCCUGGUUGCUGAUAAUCUGGCUUUUGAGGGAAUCAGCCUGCAUGUCCUGCAGCUGACUCACACCAAUAACCCACAGUCUGGUCUGUAUGACCUGCUUCAUGCUUGUGUCAAUCUAGGCCUCUCGAAUCUGCUGCCAGUUGUGAAUAAAAUUCGGUUGUAUCUUGAGCAGCAGAGAGGGAAACGCAGAUUCUAUCGGAGUCUAAUGAGGAGUGUAAAGCUUAGAAAGUAUGGAACAACACCUGCAGCACAGAGUAAUCCCAAGGAAACCCGAGUCUUCUUUGACCUGGAAACCACUGGCCUAGGAAGAUAUUGCGAUAUAGUGCAGCUGUCGGCAGUGAGUGGUGAGAAGAUCUUCAACAAGUAUAUUGUUCCCAAAAAGCCAAUGUCAAAGCGAGCUGAAAAAGUUACUGGAAUACAGGUCAUAGAUGGAAUUUUGUACCUAAGAGGAAAAUCUCAGACAACCUGCAGUCUCCAGGAUGCCAUGACAGCUUUCCUCAAGUUCCUGCAGUCACUGGACAGGCCUCUGUUAAUAGGUCACAAUAUCUGGAGAUUUGAUAGCCCAAUUAUUCUGAGAGCCUGGAAACGGUUGUCCAUGAAAGAUCAAUUUGCUGGAUGUGUGACUGGAUUCCUGGAUACAUUAUGGCUGGCCAAGGAAGUUAUUCCAAGGUCAGAGGUCAGCAGCUAUCGUCAAUGUCAUCUAGUGCGAGCCAUUAUUGGGGAAGAUUAUGAAGCUCAUAAUGCUAUUGAAGAUGUAAAGAGCUUGCAGAAGCUGUACACUUCUCUUGAAUUUACUCCAGAGCAGAAGCAGAAAAACUACGGACCUGACGGAACUAUUAUCUGGUUCAGUUUAACUUUCUGGAAGAGAGCUCGCUCAGUCUGUCGAAGCCAGAGGAUCGGGAGCGACUGGGUGCUCAGGAGCAGACAGUCAGUGAAUCUGCAGCUCACAGAGAGUGGAGUGACAGAGACAGCACCCAGUGAUACCAACAGUGCUGUAUCCAGUGUUGAACAUUCCAAGGAGGAAUCCCAACCAGGGAACAUUGAGGACACCCUGGUGUUCUUUGACCUGGAAACCACCGGCUUAGACAAACACUGUGACAUAGUGCAGCUGUCAGCAGUGAGUGGUGAGAAGAUCUUCAACAAGUACAUCCUGCCCAGCAAAUCCAUGUCAGAGGGAGCCACACACAUUACUGGAAUACAGGUCAUGGAUGGAAUUUUGUACAUGAAAGGAGAACCUCAGAUUACCUGCAGUCUCCAGGAUGCCAUGACAGCUUUCCUCAAGUUCCUGCAGUCACUGGACAGGCCUCUGUUAAUAGGCCAUAACAUUUGGAAAUUUGAUGGUCCAAUUAUUCUGAGGGCCUGGGAAGAAUUGUCCAUGAAAGAUCAAUUUGCCGGAUGUGUGACUGGAUUCCUGGAUACCUUAUGGCUGGCCAGGGAAGUUAUUCCCAGGUCAGAGGUCAGCAGCUAUCAGCAAUCUAACCUAGUGCAAAGCCUUCUUAAGAAAAGUUAUCAAGCUCAUAAUGCUAUUGAAGAUGUAAAGAGCUUGCAGGAGCUGUAUUCUUUUCUCAAAUUCACUCCAGAGCAGAAGCAACGAUGUCAAUUUUCUGUCUCACAGCUUGAGUGCCGUGUCUCUCUACAGCCUCUCACCAAUCAGAAGAUAAUAUUCUUCCAGCUUGCUGAUAAACUUGCGAUGCAGGAAAUUAGUCUCGAAAAGCUGAAAUUAGCGCAUGAACAAGAUGCUGAAAUGGGGCUUAAAAACCUGCUCAAUUCUUUGGGAGUUACCAGCCCGACUCACAUCAGAUUUUAUAACUUUUUCAAAACAAUGAGUUAGCAAAAAGCACUUUUCCCAAUAUUCAAGACAUAAAUCAUUUAUUCAUCUCUUCUUAUUUGCUGAUUGUUGUAAUCUGCAUUUCUGUUUUUGUGGAUGUUACGAUAAGUAUGAAUCAAUAAAUAAUAUUCUUAAA